AUGACCCUUUUGCAUCAUUUUGGUCGCAUCCUUCCCAACUAUGAAGCUCGAUUUCCCCCUCGCCCGAUGGAACAGGCUCAUCGGGAUGGCAUUCGCUAUUGGAGCCCUCAUUUGUUGUUCAACGAGGCUGAUGUUCUCUUUGGAACAAAGAAGACUGAGACUAUGGCUGAAGCGCCCAUGGGAGGAUCAUACCAUAUUCAUUUGAAAAAGGGCGAUGCUAUUCCUUUUACGUACCUUAAGGCCAUUGGUGGAGGCUAUGCUGGCAAUGAUUUGCGUCUUACCACACCUACUGGGAAAUCUAUUCCAGGCAUGCAGGGAUCAACUGUCGAGGCUUGUAAUGCUGGCAAGUUUACUUAG